UCACAAUCUUCUGGCUUACACUUUAACUCUUACAAAAGAGGGAAAUGAACGUUUAAAUGUAUUGAUGUCAAAUGGCAGCUGUGGGGACAUGGUCUUUCUCUCGUCCUGCAGUGGAGAGAAUGAGAUGUAUGCUGCUAGCUGGACAAAAUGCUACAGAUGUUGUAGAAACAGCAAUGGCAGAGGUUGAAGAUGAUGUAGACACGGGACGGCACAUUGUUGGCAGAGGAGGAUAUCCAAAUUUCAAGGGAGUGGUUGAAUGUGAUGCUGCAAUUAUGGAAGGUGUGCCAGGGAGAUUUGGGGCAGUGGCUGCACUUUGCGGAAUUGCACAGCCAUGUCGUGUAGCUCGCAAAGUAAUGGAGAAGAGUCCUCACAGCUUGCUUGUUGGAGAUGGAGCAGAAGCAUUUGCUCAGGAAUUGGGUUUUACAUCUGAACCCAAUGCCAAUAUGCUUUCUGACCAUUCAGCUACUGCUUACCGGGAAUACCUUGAAAAAAAUAAACCUGUUAGAGGUGGACAUGAUACAAUACGUCUUAUAGCUCUUGAUCUAAGUGGUAACAUAACAGUAGGAGUUUCCACAUCAGGAGCUCCCUUCAAAUCACCAGGGCGGGUGGGAGAUUCUCCACUUCCAGGCUGUGGUCUAUACGCUGACCAUACAGUGGGUGCCGCAGCAGCUACAGGUGAUGGAGACAAAAUCAUGUGCUACUGCCCAAGCUUUCAUGUUGUGCAGCUGAUGAAACAAGGCUCAUCUCCUAAUGAAGCCUGUCACGCUGUGCUUGCCGACAUACAGAGGAGAAUAGGUGUCGAUAAAUGCUUUGAAAUUGGGCUUAUUUCUUUGAAUAUGAAGGGAGAGGUCGGAGCUGCAUCUUCAGUGGAAUUUCCAUACACAUUCUGGAGCCAAGUGUUGAGUUCGGUGGAGGAGCUAGUCAUUAACCAACAGAAAUCCAUAAAUGUUUAAUUUCUACUCAUUAAGUAUGUGGUUGGUCAUAAAACGUCAUUACUUUUAACAUUUGUAUUAACCUUUGAAUACUUUGUAUGAAAACCACUUUGUUUAUUAUUCUCAUAAUCAAUAAAAAUGUAUCUGGUGGGUCGCGGUCUUCUUUUUGACACGUAUUGAUCAGUGACUCGCACUCACAUUAGUCAAUG